AUGAGGGCAUCCCUCGCCCAGCCCGCGGCCCAGCGGGCGGGCUCACGUGGCCAUGCGAGGUCCUGCAACGUUCGCUGCAAUGCAACACGCCGCGACUCGCUGCUGGCGCUGGGCGGCGCCGCCGUCCUGUCGAGCGGCCUUGUGGUGCCCGCUGCGGCGCCGCUUGCUGCCAGCGCUGCGCAGCCCUCCAACGGCGCCUACGCCUUCAAUCUGCCCCAGAACCUCAACUACCCAGGACUCAGGACGCUCUUAGAAAAGUACCGCCCGGACGGCUUUGAGGUGGCAGCCGUAUCGUGCAACCAGUUCGGCGGCCAGGCGCCUGGCACAGAUGAGGAGGAGCGGGAGGCGGCAUACCGCAAGUUCGGCACGCGUGACUUUGAGGUGUACGACCACAUCCUGGUCAACGGUGCGUUGACCGUGUGCGGUCGCACGCGUGCCCCCUAG